AAAUGAACACAUCUCAGGCAUCACUGUCAUUCAAGGACGUGGCUGUGGAGCUGACCCAGGAGGAGUGGCGGCAGAUGGACUCUGCGCAGAGGGCCCUGUACAGGGAUGUGAUGCUGGAGAACUACAGCCACCUCGUCUCCGUGGGGUAUUGUUUUACAAAACCAAAAGUGAUCUUCAAGUCGGAGGAAGGAGAAGAGCCAUGGUUAUUAGAGGAAGAAUUUCUAAACAGGAGCUCCCCAAACUGCCGACUUGAUGACCUCUUAGAAGAAAGCCAGGAAAAUGAAGACAAACAUUUGUGGCAAAUUUUAUUUAUCAACAACAAAACAUUGACUACAGAGCAAGAGAAACACUUAGGAUCACUAUUCACACCUCAUUCUGCUUCAGAGAACCACGCUGGGGAGAAACUGCUUCAGGGAACUCACACAAUGGAGAAACCUUAUAAAUGUUUUAAGUGUGAAAAAACUUUCAGCCGGAAAUCAGGCCUAAGAAAACACCAGGUAACUCAUUCAGGGGAUAAACCCUAUGAAUGUAUUGAAUGUGGAAAAUCUUUUAGCCAGAAGGCAAGCUUAAUAGUACAUCAGAGAAUUCACACAACUGAGACACCCUAUGAAUGUAAUGAGGGUGGAAAAAUUUUCAGCUAUAAGUCAAACCUCACAGAUCAUCGGAGAACUCACACAGGGGAGGAACUCUAUGAAUGUGAUGAAUGUAGGAAAACUUGCAGCCAGAAGUCACACCUCAAUGAACAUCAUAGAAUUCACACAGGGGAGAAACCCUAUGAAUGUAAUGAGUGUGGGAAAGCUUUCAACCUAAAGUCAGGCCUACGAAAAUAUCAGAACUCACACAGGGGAGAAACCCUAUAA